AUGGAGCAAACAAACGAGAAAUACGGCGCAAACGUCUCACCAGCAUUACGUUGUAUCAAACGUGAGACGAUAUUUGACGAGGUGGAGGCCCGCAUUGGAUCAUUUCAGACCAGGACAGGAAUGUCUCCAAGCGACCACAACAACUUUUUUCCAUGGGUCCCAAUUGGUCAGCCUGUCGUUCCAGAAGCUGCGGUUCCUCCUUUCAACGAACGACGUCUCGAUCCGCUCGAGUGGAUAGAGCUACUUGAUCAGACUGAGUGUUUAGAUUACGUGAGCCCUGACGUUGAAGCGUGCAUCGAAAUGCAGAGCCGGAUGGAAGGAAAUCAAGAGCUCGAUCUAACAGGCACGGAGUUUAUCAGCAGUCCAGCAAUACCAAAGCUACCAUCGCUGAACACCCUUCCUGUGAAGCACCCGACCAUUUUACAGCCAAUCGCGCAACCUCAACGAAAAAUGCCGCGGCGUCCUGGUCUACGUGAGAAGUUCCCUCGCCAACAACCUUUGACGGAGUACAGCCGUCGCAAUUACAUUUUUACUGCUGAACGAAUGGUUGAAAACAAGAGGCCAGGGAGACGGAAAAGCUCAGUCGCCAGAAGAAACUCGGAACGGCCACCACCUCGGUCUGCCAGCCGAUCUCUUAAGUUUGAAGCAUCGCAGCGUGCCAAACCUACAUCUCGGCACAAGCGCGUGCUCGCUCAAGAGGACUGUGUAAGCGCCAUGGCGGUGGAAAGAGGUGCACUCAUUCAGGGUGCGCCCGCAGCGACCAAGGCGGAGGAUUUUGUAUCGCUCACGGUGGAGGCAAGCGAUGUGCGAGUGAAGGAUGCCAGAAUUCCGCUCAGUCGCGCGGGCUUUGCAAAAGUCACGGAGGUGGCAAGAGAUGCCGUGCAGAAGGAUGUGCCAAGAGCAGUCAAGGAGGAGGAUUCUGCCGUGGCCACGGAGCUGGCAGAGCGUCAAAUUUCAAGGCAGAAAUUGUCUUCCUCUAGACACAUGAGAACGUAUAUUAUUGGUACACAUACGAUGAUGCCUUCGAUGUUAUGA